GGGGGGCAAGGCUUAGGGAAUGCUUUUAUCUGCGGCCAAAAACCUCAGCAGAGAGAGCGAGAGAGCUCAGGGUUGGAGUGAAGAAUACGAGAAUUCGAGAGAGUGAAGGGAGAGAGAGGUGAGGGAGAGAGUCUCCUCAACCACGGUUCUGUCCAGGCCACCACCACUGUCAUCACUACCACACCACCAUCAUCACAAUACCAUCAUCUGAAUACCAUCAGUACAAUAACAUAAUCUCAGUGCUAUCAUCAUCACCACAGUAUCGUAAUCAUUUGAAUAGCAUCAUUGCAAUACCAUCAUCACAGGACCAUCAUCAUCACGUUAUCGUCAUCAUCAGAAUACCAUCGCCAUCACCAAUCACAGCACCACCAUCAUCACCACCACCGGAUAGUAUGUUCAUCGUCACGAUUACCAUCAUCUUCACAGUAACACAAUCACAUCUGCCGAGGGUAUCAUCAUCAUCAUCAUCGUCGCCAUCGCCAUAGCGGCACCACCACCAUCAUCAUCAUUGCCGUUAUCGCAGCAGCAGCAGCAUCGUCGUCCUCAUCAUCACCACCAGCAUCACCAUCAUCAAACAAUCAUCACAAUCAUCACCAUCAUCACGAGCAUCACCACGAUCAAGGAGGGGAGAUGGAUGGAGGCUGUCGGGUUACCAUCGCGAGGCUGUGAGACGCCGGGAAUCGGAUUGAGAAUUACAACUUUUAAGGGCAUCAACAACAACAUCAACAACAACAACAUCAACAACAGCAGCAUCAACAACAACAUCAACAACAUCAACAACAACAUCAACAACAACAUCAACAACAACAUCAACAACAACAUCAACAACAACAUCAACAAGUGAAGACGGAACGUGGUGGACCCUGAAUACAUCCAUACUGUUGGGAGAAAAACAUCAACAAUGGGCAAGUUUCAGUCGAAACAGGCGUGCAGGAGAAGAGAAAGUCCAGAAGGGGACAGCUUCGUGGUGAACGCUUACGCCAACCGUCGCGGAUUGGAAGAUGUGCCUGCGAGUGUCCUUCCCCCGGCGUACCGGGAUGUUCUCUACUGCGGCGGGGUUGCGAAGGAGCUGUUUCCAGAAGAGGUGUCUUCCCUGAGCACUCUGCAGACUCCCUUGAGCCCCGGCGAAGACGAAGCAGAGGACGAUGGCGGCGGCGGCGAUGCCACGGACAAGAAGCCUGCCGACAAGGCCGCGCUCAACGCCCUCAACUUCCAGCAGGAGCUGCAGUGCGACGUGCUGGUGCAGGACAACAAUCGACAGGAGUGGACGUUCACGCUGUACGACUUCGACAGCAGUGGCGAGGUCACCCGAGAGGACAUCAGCAGCCUGAUGCACACGAUAUACGAGGUGGUGGGCACCUCCGUGAAUCACUCCACCGGCAACAGCAAGACCCUGAGAGUAAAGCUCACCGUGACCCCUGACCCUGGGCAGCAGAGGAGGCGUGGCGCGCCCCACGGCAUUGUGGAUCAGCCGCCGUCGCACGGCCAGGGGGAGGAAACGGCAACCCCCGAGGAGGCCAGGCAGCCCCAGAAGCAGCAGCAGCCCCAGCAGCAGCAGCAGCCCCAGCAGCAGCCCCAGCAGCAGCAGCCUGAGCACCCUGCAUUGCGGUACGCGGCAAAGCACGGUCACGCGGUUUCAAUUAGCGGGCGGUCGCGGGAAAACAAAAACACAUUAACAAUAAAAACACGGACGCCGCAACAGGAAAGGGCGGGCUGGGAGACAUCGCCCUCCCCGCGGCAACCCGCGGGUGGUAAUCCCGGGUGUCGGCGGUGCGGAAACGGUGGCUCGGAGAUGUUAACACCCUCGCCUGGUAUACAGGAGGUCGUGGGUUCGAUCCUGACCCUGACGCCUGCUGAUGGAUAUUUUUGCGUUUUAAUAAAUCUGGCGUUUCAUGAAGGCGAUGGCAGCGUCUGCGGCGGCCCCGUGGUGGCCGCUUCCCACGGCCUUGCCGAGGGCCCGCCGCCGGGCUGUCCGCUGCUGCCGCCAGUCCGGAGGCACUGCCCCAGGGUGAUCACGUGCCCUCUUGUGCUCUUUUUUCCCCCCCCAUUUGCGUCCACAGUACGUGUCCAGUGUAUGCCCAAUAUGUCGGAUUUAUUUGCGCGCAGGCGCCACAACAGCGGGCAACCCCAGGGCUCGGCGACCGCCCGCCACUGCUACUGCGUGGACGAGAACGUGGAGCGCAGGAACCACUACCUGGACCUGGCUGGCAUGGAGAGUUACGGAACGCCCGCCUGCUCGCCCACGCAAGCAGGCUCCCCACGGAUGAGCAGGAGGCGCAACGCCCAGCACGACCCCGACACCCCGGCCGGCCAGCACGGCCGCCGGGAGACCGUCCUGCACCAGCGCAACCGCACGCCGCAGGACCCUUCGACCGCCGCCGCCGCCGCCGCAGCCGCAGCCGCCACCACGACAACCGCCGCCCGCUACGUCUCGCGAUCGUCCCGUACCAAAGGCCCGGCCGUGACGCAGGCCGCCUCGUCGAGGCCGGGCAGGCAGCGCGGCCGGUCCGUGCCUGCCUACGUGCAGCCUCUGAGGCCCGUGGGUGUCCAACAGCAGCAGGCGCAGCAGCAGCAGCAGCAGCAGCCGCAGCAGCAGCACAAGAAGCACAGGCAGCGCGGGCGGGAAGGCUGCCUCUCUCCGGGGAGGCCUCCGUACUACCAAACGCGAGCCCCCGCGCCCGGCGUCCCUGACGUUCGGUGGCUGGAGCAACCUCAGCAUCAGCAUCAUCAUCAGCACCUGCAGCAGCAGCAGCAGCAGCAACUGCACGUGCAGCAGCAGCAGCCGGGGGCAAUGCAGACGUCCAUGCUGGUGCCGGUUAUGCAACGGCACGAGCACCACCACUACCACGAGCACCAUCACCACCACCACUACCACCACUACCACGAGACGUGAUGACGCGCCACUCCGCCUUUUUGAUCUCCCCCCGCCCCCCCUCUCCGUGAGAUCUCUCGACCGAGGCCCCCCCCCCCACUCCACCAGCCGACUUAACCGACCCGACCGCACGCACGGCCCCAUCGAAGACACGACGAGAGGCGAAGUCGACGGGAGAGGCGCUUUAUCCGUUGAGCAAAGCCACGCGGAAAACCACCGAUGACAUUGUCGGUCGGUCGGUCGGUCGGGCGGGCGGGCAGCUGCGGCGGUUUGUCAGCGGCAACUUGGAACGACGGAAAGCUCCGGCAGUCCGUUGUAGUGUUUAUUUUUUUGGGCGUCCAAAAUAGUAAUUUUACAUUUAUCUGUAAGACGCCUUCCACUAAUGUCUGUAGGGUCUCUCUCACCGCUUACCACCCGCCCCCCCCGCCCCCCGACGAUGAUCGUUGAAGGUGCUAACCCUUGGGUUCCUCAGAGCCGAAAGGAAUUGCUUCCAGCUGUGGUGGAUCUCGACAGAGGCGACACCUUCGCCUUGGGGAGAUCUAUCCGGAGUGAGGCCCCCCGGGUCAUUGUCUGGGGCUCGUACUUUAAGACGUCCGCACAUGUCCCUCUCUCUGUCUCUCUCUCUUACCCCCUCCCCACCUCCCCACCACCAUCACCACUUUGGAUGACCGCUGGACUGUACCUCGGUGAUCGUCAGAAAUAGUAGAAAUGUCUCAGGGAGAUUGCCCAGUGGUCAAGGCCAUGAUGGUUGGGCUUGUUCAAAAAUAUGCUGAGAGAGAGAGAGAGAGAUAUAAAAAAUAUAUAUACAGAGAGAGGUUACGUGAACAUGUUAAGUGCUAUUCUAGUGGGAUCUGUGCUGCCAGUAUAAGUUUUCUCUUUAGCAACCCUUUGCUCUGCGCCAGCGGUCCCAAAAACUCAAGAUGCUGGAGUCCAACCAAGGAGGAAGAAAUUCUUUCCGUGCAAAGACCGCGGUGUCCUCGGGACAUUCGUAGGUUAAAAAUACGUCCGCAAGAAAAAGCACGAAUGCUCUCAUUUGUAGCGCGUAAUUAAGGUUUCCACCCCCACCCCCCCCCCCCCCCCCAGGGGUUUCUUCUUGAGGGAAGUUUUCCUGGGACAUCGGUCAUUCGUCCCGGGACGUUCGAAGUCCUGGUCGAUGCGUCAGUUGCGCGACGACGCUCCACUCCGGUCACGAGCCUUCACGAGCCCUUCUCCCCUGUUCUGGCAUCGAGAGAUAAUUCUUCUUCCGCCGAUACUCCCGCCUUCUCGCACCUCAGAUGUGGCAACACGAUGCAGAAUAUAAAGUGCUGGACAAAAUAUAUAUGACGCCUUUCGUCUUGGUAGACGUAGCGGUUGGGUCGUGACCCAUAAGGCCCUUACUCGCUUGUGCCUUGCCUAGGGACAGCCUGUGGGUCGCCAAUUUUCAAACGUGGCGUUUCAUUUGUCAACGUGCGAGCGCGAGUUAAUUUCCAUUUCUGCUUUUAAGAUUUCUUUUUGUGGAAAUCUGACGAAGGUGCCUUCUUGCGGUAAAAUGUAGUCGUGGUUACGGCUCGGCGCCACGUCUGCACAGAGAUGGCCUGGGAUAUUUAUUCACGCCUAACGCUUUGAGCGCAAUUUAAUGGCAAGUGCUCGGCGCCCUGCGUACACGGUGGCCCGAGUUCGAUUUCCCCGGCCAUGGCCAACACCGGUGGCGAUUAUUAUCGGAACCGGUCCUUGUUGCAGGGUCCACCUCUUCCCUCCGCCAAACCCGCAGUGCCCAGCGUGGUGAAGUAUGGUCGAAUCAACUCCCAGGUCAUUGGGAGGCCGUCAUCCUAGAGGUUGGAGCGACGUUAGGCAUUGUAAAUUAUUCUCGUUUCUUUUUUGUUUGUUAACCGCCAAGAGCUACUCUCUGGCUGCAACAGAAACACGUUUUUAGAUGUAUUUUAGAUUCUUUAUUGUAACGAAGAACCUAACAAAACUGCUUGUAGCCAAGGUACAGAAAACAUGACUAAUGUUUCGGGCUUUGUGUGUUCAUACAAAAAAAAACACAUUGCCGUUGAAAUGAAUAGGCUGACACCACUAAUGAAUAUAUAUUUAUAAACUAUUGCAUAUGAA